AUGGAUUGGUUAUCUCUUUGUGUCUGUGGCACAAAGCGCAAUUCCAACGAUAGAAAGAUCAAGAAGGACGGAAAGCGCAAAAAGAAUAAGAAAUCUAAAAAGAAUUCCAAGCAGAAAGGAUCAUGCAAAGAGUUGCCGUUCAUCAUCGACGAGUUUUUGCGCAAAUCGCAGGAUGAACAAUCAAAAGAAAUCGCGGAAAAAGACUGGACGAAUGGAGAAAUCGUUAAUUACUUCAAUGAUUGCGCGAAAAAUCAAAUCGCUUCGACUGAUCGAACCGAUCCAUCGGAGCUCAAUGGCUCACCGUCUUAUCAAAUCAGUGACGAUCAUGAGAGUUUCGAGAAGGAUUCUCUCAAGGACUCGGAAACAAAUGCGGAAUCCGUUCGAGAGCUAUGUGAUAUCGAUUAUUAUGAGAAUGCGAUGCUGUAUUCGAGAAGUGCAUCGAGCACGGUAGAAAAGCAAGUCAAGUGCAUCUCGGAUGAGAAAGAACACGAUGAAGAGGCGGAUCUGGACGAAUCCAUUCCGAGAUCGGUGGCAUCCCGAGGACCUGAAGAUCCGUCCUGGACGUCGGAAAUCGAAAGUAAACAGGAUGCGGACCUGGAAUCGAGUUUCGAUAAAAAGUUCGAUGAAAGAGUUUCAUCUAGAAUUAAUUUUUCCGACGAGAAGCAAGAAAAGUCGAAGACGAGAGCCGUUCCGAAGAAAAAAGGGACCAACAGAAACAUUCUUCCACCGAUCAAAGGAAGAUCUCGCGCUGAAACUUGCAUGGAUAAUGAAGAACUGCAAGCCCAUGAAGAGACGAAUAAAUUUGGUUUUAAGAGAACCGCGGCGUCUCACGAGCGGAACGAGGUUCGGCGGAAAUUGAACUCGUGCAGUUUCGAGGUUCGACCAUACGAGGAUGAAGAAGAGGAUGGAAAAGAAAGAGGCGGGAAAACAACGAAGAUUCGGGGCGAGGGAUCCAUGAUACCUAGACUUGCAUCCCCACUGCGACAGAGAAUGAAUUCGAUCAAGAACGACAGCGAUAAAUCAGAGAUCGUGGAAAACGGUCGUGUUCACUCAGCAGUUGUCUCCGGUAUCAAUUUAGAGCAGCGCACCGUCACUGUAGAAUGGUUCGAGAGAGGAGAAACCAAAGGCAAAGAGGUCGAAAUCGACGCGAUUCUUGCCUUGAAUCGCGAUCUGAAUCAAAAAAUGGGACCACGAAACGAGACUAUAUGUGCGCUGCCGCAAGCAAUGAAGAUAGGACCACGAGACGACAGUAUGUGUGCGCUGCCGCAGGUGAUGAACAACCACAUGUUGGCGUCCUCAAAAGCAAGGGAGCCGGACUCCUCGGCUGAGGAGGACGAGGGAGUCGACGAGUCGGAGAACCAAGAAGAGGGCUCCCUCGGACGCCAUGGUGGUCACACCACGAGAAACGGCCUCGCAUCCGCAACGCUUCCUGUACGAGUCACAUCUCGUCUCUCGCACUCCACCAGGCCGUCUAUUCCAGUGAAAGCUGGUUCGAAUAGGCAACUAUCACGACCAACGGGUCGACCGACGAACAUAAUGUCGUCGACCACGUCGGUGAACGGUCACGGCGAAUCGGUUUCCGGCCUCACAGGACGCCGGGAACUCGAGAAUAUACCACCGACACCGACGACAGCCGUCACGCAAUGCCUGAUGACUCCGGUGCAGAACAGACAGCAAAAACAAGCGCAGCAGCAACAGCAACAACAGCAACAGCAGCAGCUGCAACAACAAGCCCAGGUAGAGAACGGUCGGGGUAGGCGAUCCAACGUCGUCAAGGAGGUCGAGAGAUUGAAAAAGAACAGGGAAGAGAGGAGACAACGACAAGCAGAACUUAAGGAGGAGAAGGAAGCGCUAAUGAAUCUGGAUCCAGGCAAUCCAAAUUGGGAGUUCCUUGCCAUGAUAAGAGAAUACCAAAACAGCAUAGAAUUUAGGCCGUUGCGGGAGACUGACGCCGUGGAGGAUCAUCAGAUCACUGUGUGCGUGAGGAAACGUCCACUUAAUAAGAAGGAGCACGCGCGCAAGGAGAUCGACGUGAUCAGCGUGCCUAGCAAGGAUCAGAUGGUAGUGCAUGAGCCGAAGUCCAAAGUCGAUCUCACGAAAUAUCUUGAGAACCAGAUCUUCAGAUUUGAUUAUGCGUUUGAUGAGACGUGUAACAACGAGAUAGUUUACAAGUACACGGCCAAACCGCUGGUGCAAACGAUUUUUGAGGGUGGCAUGGCUACGUGCUUCGCGUACGGUCAGACCGGCAGCGGCAAGACCCAUACAAUGGGAGGUGAUUUUAAUGGCAAAACACAGGACUGCAAAAAGGGCAUUUACGCCAUGGUUGCCAAAGACGUGUUCAAAUGCCUCAAAUUAGCUAAGUAUCGGCCCCUGAAUCUGGUCAUUUCCGCUAGCUUCUUUGAAAUCUACUCUGGCAAAGUGUUCGAUCUUUUGGCGGACAAGGAGAAAUUGAGAGUUCUGGAGGACGGCAAACAGCAGGUGCAAAUAGUCGGACUGACGGAGAAGGUUGUAGAAACUUGCGACGAAGUAUUAAAGUUAAUACAACACGGGAACAGCGCCAGAACGAGCGGUCAGACGAGUGCUAAUUCUAAUUCUUCGAGAUCACACGCGGUAUUCCAAAUAAUAGCGCGUAUCCCGGGCACACAUAAGGUGCACGGAAAGUUCUCACUCAUCGAUCUUGCUGGUAAUGAAAGGGGUGCUGAUACGUCGUCUGCUAAUAGGCAAACACGAAUGGAAGGUGCAGAGAUCAAUAAAUCCCUAUUAGCAUUAAAAGAAUGUAUACGCGCAUUAAGCCGUAAGGGUACACAUUUGCCUUUUAGAGCGAGCAAGCUGACACAAGUAUUAAGGGACAGUUUUAUUGGUGAAAAAUCAAAAACUUGCAUGAUAGCGAUGAUUAGUCCCGGAAUGAGUUCCUGCGAGCAUUCCCUAAAUACGUUGAGAUACGCAGAUCGAGUGAAAGAAUUGGCGGCAACUGAUCCUACCGAAGUAAAAGCUUCACCGACUGAUGAUGAUCGGGGAAUGAAGAUUGAGGAACAGGGAAACAAUAGUGUAUUGUCGGAUAGCGAUUUAGCGCAGCUUCGAUCUCUCAAUGAAGGUGAACUUUCGCAAGAUUUGUACACUUUCCAUGAGGCAGUAUCAGCUCUGCAACUGCUCGAAGAAGAAGUAUUGGACACGCACAAACUGGUCAUGGAUAAUUCGACUAAAUUCCUUAACGACGCGCACAGUGUGUUCAGCGCGACUCAUGAAGUGGAUUAUGACCAAGAAGAUUUGAGGCGGAAAAGAACAAAGUUUGAGUCACCCUACCUGAGGAGUUUCUCAUUACGUAGACGUCUUAUAGAGAGAAAACUAUUUUCCGACGCAUAUGCCCAAAAGUGGGAGCAGCUGUUAAUACAGCAACGUGAUAUUCUGAACGCCGCGCUCGACCAAGUCAGCCAGUUCCGCGGGCAGCUGUUACAGGAGGAACAAAUCAGCCAGAAGAUGACCCGAAUGCGCAACAUCUCAACGCGGUACAAUUAAAAAUGUCACCCCUAACGAACGCAAAAAAAAAAAAGACACAAAAAGUAAUUAUUUCUCAUCGGUGAAAAAAAAAGUCCGCUUCUUAUGUGUGUAUCGACUCUUAAUUACAAGCGCGCGCGAAAAGCAGAUAUGCCAUGACACUAGUGCGACAGUCAUAGGAACGCAAAAUGUAACAAAUGUCUUGCCUUCGAAAUUACUACGAAAUGUACGUCGUCGAGAUAGCAAAGAGCUCGACUCGUAAAUCUCACCCUAGCGAUCUUGUAUCAUAUAACAAUUCUUCUCGAAUGGUUCUCCAAUGUAAAAUGAAAGAAUAAGAAAAGAAAAUUCCGCAGGAAGGGAUACGUAAGCCGAAGUAUGGCAAGCAUAAUAACAAUAGUUGCUUAAGGAUUCACCAGCGAAAAAUUAAUUAUUUGUUUUUACCGCAUUAGAUAUGUUCGUCUCGGCGGAAGUCGGCGAAGAACUUUUUUUUAGCCAAGAUUUCUAAUUAGUGCCUCUUUUAGUUUCGAACCGUAGGAAAUUUUAAGCAAAUCCGAAAUUUUUCGCGAAGAUAAUAAAUGAACGCACGUUUUGAGUUUGGCUCGGGGAUCAAAAUUUCAUCAGUAUGUAAUUGCAUAUUUAUCGAAAUGAGUUCUUAUGUGUUUUACAUAUUUUUUGGGCCGCACCGAGACCAGCAAAAUUUUAAGCCGUCAACGACACAUCGAUACUCAAUUGAUUGUACAAUUUGUUCGUCAUUGAGAUGCAAUGCACCGCAAAUGAUAAUGCAUAAGUUAUUUCGCCGUCAGAUAAACACUCGUUUUUUUUUUUAGACUGUAGAAUGCUAGGUGUAUUGUUACGAGGGACCCAGUAUAUUAUUGGAUAAAAGAAAAAAGCCUUAGUGAGCCGAUUUGCCGGGAAAUGCAGAGAUAUAUCAUGGCGAUACCCUGUAUACACUCAUUUAACACACGCAUAUACAAGUGCAUGUACACACACACACGCGAUCGACUCUUUCAUAAACCAAAUAUCGACUGAUUUCGAGAGAAUGAACAAAAAAAAAAAGAAUGUAACUCUUAGCUCUUAAGAAACUAUCGAGCGGCGCUCAUCCGGAUAUUUAAGUUUUUUAGUAUUAAUAUCGUCGACGGCAUCAAACGGUCCUCUUUUUUUCUUACGUUAUUAAAAGUAUGAGAUUAAAAUCUUCAUUUGAUUUAUCAAUGCAUACUCUUGUGUUUUCUUCCUCACUUUAUCGAAUCGCAAUGUUCGCGAAGCGGUCUCAACGCGCGUUUAACAAACAGCAAGCUUAACAAGCUUUAUUACGGAUACGUCCAACAGAAUACCGUCGAUUUUUAUCACGAUUAUAGAGCUACUACGGUGAAGUUUUAAUGUUUCCCUUUAAUGCCUUUAUGGACAUAUUUCCUUUUUAACCUUUCAGAGGAGAUUGAUUCUUCGUAAGGUAUAAAACAAGAAUUUUAAUCCCAUCCCGUUUCUGAUCUCCAUAUUUUCUAAGAUACAUCGCGAUAAUUGAUAUCAAUAUGAUGCUAAUAUUAUCUGGAAUUAAUAUAAAGAUAGAAAACAACUUUCUUUGGCCGAAAAAGAGAAGCAGACCUGAUAAUGUUCAGCAUUCGUAUAUAAAUUAAACAUAGCAAUUUUGUUUUUCCUUUGUAUUUUACUGCCGGUUUCUCGGUAUUUGUUUCUAAUAAUUCGCGUCUAAAAUAUAUUACCUUAUCUUGUUAUUCGUGCAGGCCGACUAAUUUUGUCUAUCAUGAUUUGUUGAAGAUCAUUGCAUUACGAUGCAAGAAAAUAUAUCGCACUGCAGUCGCACUAGACAAUAGAGAAUUAAGAAGAUUUAUAACGUGUAUCGCACGUCACACGACUUUAUCUCUCUUGAAGAUUUUAUUCCAGAUGCCCGUUCUUAUAUAAGCGUAAAAUCCUCGUGCGUGUCAGUCUCGCGAGUUAACAAUCAUUACUACGUGUGUAUGCUCGAUUUUGUAAACGUGUAAUGUUCUAAUGACUCGAGGGAAGUUACUCUCGGUCUUGGAACUUAGAGAUAAAUUAACAAAGUAACAAUAAUAACGCGCAGAUAGAUGAGAGUAACGGAGCAUCAACCUUUCUGUGUUGACAAGAUUCACGAUUUUUUAUAUAAAUAUAUAGAAUACUCGGCGCGGAGUUGUAAAGAAAUUGUUUGAGAUUACUGUUGUAUUAAAAAAUGAGAUAGUCACGCAUACCGCUGAGAGCAUCCUCUAACUUAACGUAGCAUACUUAUCGAGUAUGUAAUAUUGAUCGAAAAUUGUGAUCACAUAUUAGCGAGUUGUGCUUCGCUUA